CAAAAAACUGGCCCUCGCGCCCAAACCGAAGAAGUGCUUUAACGUCGCGCCCAUGGCCGGCCGUGCGCUCAGCGGGCGCUGGAGAUGGCGCCUGAUGCAGCCCUGCCUGCGGGUGCAGGCGCGGGCCGCGGCGCCGGCGCCCGCGGCGCCGGCGCCGCCCGGGGGACCCGGGCCCUCGCAGACAUCGCAGGUGCCGCAGAUCCUGGCUGUGGGGCCGCGGUCCGAGGAGGAGAUGAAGCAGGUCAUAGAGCACUACGAAAGGAGCAACGCCAACCAGCGCCAGUCACCAGCCUGGCGGAUCUUCAACUCCUCUAUGGGCGCUGUGCUGGCUGGCCUCUUGGGGGGCGGCAUCAUGUACCUGGCAUAUUGCGCAGAUGAUGUGUCAAGUACGCUCUCUGACGUGUGGGCGUUGCUUUUCAGGCAGCUCUCGCCAGAGACGGUGCAGCGCUUGCUGCUGCGGCUGGCGAAAUGGCGGCUUUUGCCGAGGGACUUCGACAAGGACGACCCCUACCUCAUCGUCGAGCCUCAUGAGGGCCUGAGGUUCUACACCCCGGUGGGCCUGGCUCCAGGGCUGGACCGGCACGGGGAGGGCCUGGGCGCCUUCUUCGACCUGGGCUUCGGCUUCGUGGAGGUGGGCCCAGCUUCCGCCGCGGAAGCUGGGCGCCUGGAGGAGAAUUUGCAGCGGAGGGACCUGAGCCAACAGAUCGCCGCCUUCGGGCUGCUGGGGAUCUGCAUCACGGGCACCCGCGAGGAGUUGCUGGCACAGGUCACGCGUCUGGGGCCUUACGCGCAGUACCUCUCCGUGGAUUUUGCCGAGGUGGCGGAGGUCGAAGCCGCGAAGCUCCUACGAGAGCUGACCCUCGCCGCAGCCCAGCUGCCGGGCAGGCCCCGGAUCUUUCUGAGGCUUCCAUCUAGCUGGAGCGCUUCAGCGAGUCAUGAGGUGCACAGGGUCUGCGCGGCGGAAACCGGGAAGGAGCGCCUGCUACGUGUGGGGGCGCUGGCCAGGGCGCUGCGGAGCGCGGAGGCGGCGGGGCUCAUCGUGUGUCACGAUGACGAAGCUGGCGACUGCGGAGGUACGAAGGAGACGCGGCGGCGCCACCGGGAGCUCAUCUCGGAGGCCUAUGCCGAGGCGAAGGCGGGAGGGAACGACUUCGGGCGGAACGAGUUCUACCGAGCUGCGCUGGCUGCCGCGAAGCCGAGGGGCCGCGUGCUGGACUUGGGCGCCGGCAGCGGGCUGCUGGCCAUGCUGGCGGCCUUGGAAAGCCGCGGGGACGUGGAGGUUUGGGCGUUGGAGGCGAACCCCGCCUUGGCAGAGCUGGCUGUGAAGACCAUUGAUCGCAACAGACACCUCUUCCCAGAUGCCAACCUCACGGUGGUGCCGGAGCUCUCGAGCCGCGUGUCGCUGGCGCCCGCGGAUCUGAUCGUCACGGAGACCUUCGGCACCAUGCUGCUGGGGGAGGGCGUCCUGAACUGGAUCUCGGAUGCCCGAUGUGACUUGCUGACCACGGCGCACUCAAAGAAAGGACCUCCAAGACAACCAGCUUCAGGUGAUCGCCUGCUGAAGCCGGGCGGAGCCAUCAUCCCGGCGGGGGGGUGCCAGUACCUGACCCUGGUGGAAUUGGCGUCUUCCGGCGUUUCGAGUCCCUGGCACCCCAAGGUGUGGCGAAACCUCGACCUGUCACCCUGGGAGAGGCUGCAGGAUACUCUCUACUGGAAGGCCAUGUCUGGAGCCAGCCGCGAGAAGCCCCGCGCGCUGAGUGAGCGGAUUUGCCUACUGGAAGUGGACUUGUACACAAUGACCGCCGAAGAUGUUCCAAAGAGCAAGAUCCUGCGGAUCAAGGCGCAGAAGGCUGGCAUCAUCCAUGCGGCGCUCUUCGAUUGGGACAUUUGGGCGGAUCCGCAGAGGACGCAGGUGCUAAGCACCUCCCCUGGCUCCCGGAACUUCGCGGGGGAUGUUGCCUGGGGUUGGCUACUGCAGCUGCAGGAAGCUGCCGCCGAAGAUUGGCGCCUGGGGGCAGAGCGGCCGGCGCCCUUACGAGUGGAGGCAGGGCAGUGGCUUGAGGUGUUGGUCGAGUUCAUUGCGCACGGCAUCAGCGCCCACGUGCGGGUGCGGCCAGAGCUUGCAGGCAAAACAAGCGCGGAUGAUUCAGCGCCGGGUUCACCCGAGAGGAUGCACGGAAUCGGGCGUGCGGCGGCGAAGGAGGCCAACGAGUUCUUGCUACCAGUUGCGGGAGAUCAUGAACGACAUGACUUCUACGCGAAGGCUUUGGAGGAGGCCAAGGAGUCGCUUUCGAGCCAAGGGACGGCUCGGCUGCUGGACUGCAGCGCCCUGGGGCUGCCGGGGCUGGCGGCGGCACGGGAUGGCCUUAGAGCCGUGCUGAUGCCGCGUUGGGAUCACCUGGCAGCUGUCUUGAAGGAGAUGCUGGAGGCGCAGGGCAUCAACGGCACCGAGGUACUUACUGCCGAUCCCAGGGAGAUGUUUGACAUCCUCAUGCCAGAGGGCGAGAAGGCCGACAUUGUGGUGCUGGAGCCGCCAGGCACGCCGCUGCACGGGCUCAGCCCCUUCGCCCUGCUGCCGCAGAUCCGUAAGGAGCUGCUGAAGGCGGAUGGACUGGUGGUGCCGGGCAGUGCUUGCCUGGAGCUGGGCCUGGUGGAGAGUGAGGAGCUGUCGUACAUGUUCUCCAUACCACGCGGGCACUGGCAGGAGGUGGAUCUCACAGUUUGGAAUGAGGAAGCUCGACGACAAGGAGUCCUAACUCAACUCGUUCCUUAUACCAAAUGGCUGGGUUCACACUCGUCGCUGCGCUACAGGUGGCUGUCUCCGCCCGAGUGCAUCUACCACGUGGACCUCAAUGCCUACGGUACAGGGCCGAUGACCAAAGAGGAGACCUUUGUGCGGGAGCUCCGUGUGGUGGAGGAUGGGCAGGUGCACGCCAUCGUAGCACGCUGGGCCGUGUUUUCGUCUUCACAACGACUUGGCGCGGACAGUUCCUAUCUGGGGCGCGACCUGACCUGGCCUCAUUACGUGCAGGCGGUAGCGAAGCCGAACACCCAACCAGGGCUCCUGGAGCCGCUGCCUCUGCGCAAGGGCGGAGUUGCGGCUCUGCGGGUCUCCGUGCGCCAGGGGGCGGCCAAGGUCACCGGCACGGCGGGGCCAGAGUUCACGCUGCGACUGGCCGAAGGUGGCGAGAGCAGAACAGAGUUGUGAGCGCGGGGG